AUGGCAUUUGCUGCACGCUUCGGAGCCCUGACCGAAGAGCUGGUCGAGAGCCUGACGCAGUCGCUGGCCCAGACAAACCCAGACAAAUUCCGCUCAGCUUGCGACGCCUCCUUGCGCAAGCUCAGGACCCAUCCUUACCUUCGCACAAACCCCUUCGAGGUGGACAGCUGCUUGGAUGGCCUCGACGAGCGCUUUCGCGUCAGCCACCGCGAGGCCUUGGCCGAUGCUUUGCGCCAGAGACUAGAUGCCCUGCGCCGGUCUCCCGCAAAGUGGCACCCGGAGAUACUCUAUCUGCUCGUGGAGCUGUCGGACCAGCCCGCCUCCAAGACCAGGCUUAGUGACCUUGAGCUUCCCGGCCAGCAGGUCGUGCAAGAGCCGGAUGCGCCGCCUCUCCGCUGGGAAGAUGUAGCUCGAGAAGACGGCUGGGACCAGGACGAGGAACUCUGGAAGGCCGUCAGCUACAGCAGCGACGACUCCGCCGGCCAAGACGACGACCAUGGCUCGGCGAGCGCGUCUUCCGAUGCCACCUCGGUUGCUCGCGAUGGAGACUCCACGGCAAGGUCGGCCGAAGAUUGCAUUAUUCACCCCGACGACCACGGAACCCUAAACUCGAUCCGACAAGAACAAGCAUGGCGGAUAAAAGACAGACCCCCGGCGUCUGCACCAAAAAUCGCCGUCCCCGAGGCGCAAGCGGUGCGCGAAGUCCUCUUCAUGUUCCAUGGCCUCGAAUGCUCUCUAUUCAACGGCGCAGUGUCCCCCUCGCCCGCUUUUCAGCUGGCAGACACAGCAUGGGAAACCCACGAGUCGUUGAUGGGCGCCCUUGCGGAAUCUGGUCGGCGGCUUCGCGUGCUUCGGCUGUUUGCAACUCAGCCACAGACGAUCCCUCACAUCCAGGCUCUCCAGGACUGCGUUGCCCGCCAUCUUGGCCAGCUGGAUCGCAUGCUCGCCGAGAUCGAGGCGCGCUUCGCUUCGCCCAAGGGAGAGGUCGUCGUCAGCCUGAUGGGGUUGAUGGGAGAGCUUGCCCCCCGGCUGGAACCGCUUUUUGCCCUGUCGAGUAUCAUCGUCCAGGUUCGACAAGCUCGCGAAUCGGACACCUUUCGCUACCUGGAACUCAUCUUUGUCGAAACGAGCGAGGCGCAGCUGACGGGGAAGCCCGGCACCUUUGAGUUUCUAGCCCGGAUCUUUAUCGAGUGCUUCAACGUGUACCUACGCCCGAUCCAACGCUGGAUGAACGAGGGCAAGCUGAUUCCCGGAAACGAACUCUUCUUCAUAUCCGAAUCGUCCAGCGACGUGCCAUUGGGCGACACGUGGCGAAGCCGGUUCGAGUUGCGCAAAACACCGGAUGGGAGACUACACGGGCCAAACUUCCUCCAGCCGGCCGUCAGCAACAUCUACAACGCUGGUAAGAACAUUGUAGUGCUGGGGCUAUUGGGACAACACGAUGCCGCCGCGUCUCGGCACGUUGACAAGGAGCCCCUCGAUUACGAUUCCCUCUGCCCCCGAGGAUUCGAGCUUGCUCCAUUUCCGGACCUUUUCGGCGCUGCCUUUGACCGGUGGAUCCAGAGCCAGUACCGCAAAACAUCGAGGACGCUGAAGAAUGCGCUGCUGGGCACCUGGGGUCUGUCCACGUCGCUCGAUGCGCUGCGCACUCUGUACCUCAUGUCCGAGGGGCGUGCGGCCUCGAUGCUCUGCGAGGGUCUGUUUGCCCGGCUGGAUACCAUGGACGAGGGCUGGCACGGCCGAUACGCUCUCACCGCGACAGGACACGAGGCCUUUUCGUCUCUUCUCGACACCAGCCGAUUGUCCAUCAGCGUCGACAGUGCAGGAUAUCGGCUGCCGGCGUCCCAAGGUCGAGUAUCCGUCAGGGCGGCGCUCCCAAGCGUCAGGGUCCACUACAGGCUGCCGUGGCCGGUGCGGAUGAUUGUGACGGCCGAGAGCCUGGCACUGUACCAGUCCAUCUUUACGUUUCUCUUGCAAAUCAGGAGGGCAAUGCACGCCAUGCACAAACGCAAGAUUCUAGACGACUACUGGACAGACCGGGAGAGCUGGGACGAGCGCGGCCUGUUCUAUUCGAUGAGGCACAAGCUCCUCUGGUUCUACAGCACCGUACAGACAUAUCUCGCGACGCUCGUGCUGGAGCCCAUCGAGCGCCAGAUGAGGCACGACCUGGAAGCCGCCGAGGACAUUGACGCCAUGAUUGCGGUCCACGCCAGCGCGAUGAAACACAUAAUUGAGCAGGCAUGCCUUGGCAGCCGGCUGGCGCCCAUCCGAGAGGGCAUGCUCGACGUGUUGGACUUGGCUAUCAAGCUCGAGCACGGCGACGGCCGGGGGGGCGCAGACGGGCUGUUCCUGGGGGUCCUGCGGGAGACGGCGGCCGACUUUGAGAGGCACCUGCGCUUCAUCUGCGGAGGGCUGAGGAGCGUGGCGAGGGCGAGCAGCAGCGCGCACGCGGCCAAGUGGGAUAUCCUGGCCGACAUGCUGCAGGCGGGCAUUGGCGAUGGAAGAUGA